AUGUCAAUCGAAGCGAUACCGGAGAACGAGGAGGAGAGAGAUCUACAGCAAGAGAUUGAAGAGACUACUCCGUUGCUCGACGAUUCACAACCCGACGGUGAAUUAAGGUCGAGGACAGCGACGACAAAGGUGCCGGAGGUGGAGAUCCAUCUGUAUCGGUGUGGAAAAGGUCCGAUCGAUGUGUUCAAGUCGAAUCUCGGCGGGUGGGAGCAGGAUCAGCUCGAGGUUCGAUCUAUCCUUGAGAAAUAUGGAUUAAAGUCCCUCUUCGCUUUCAACGUCGAGAAAGGCCGCGCCGUACCGAUCCGGUUUCACCCUAGAAACGGCCGGUCUGUGCUGCCUUACAGGGACGGCGCCGUCAUUUUCAUCGACGGUGAACCUCAGGAUUCACUGAUAAAACCCAUCACAAGGAUCGUGCUCGGAGUCGUGAUUGUUAUGGUGUUGAUAACGUUUCUAUUGAAAGACCCUCCAGCGUGGAUCAAGAACAACAUCUCCAUGGGGAACUUUCCUCCGUGGGUGCUUGCGUGCAUAGUAAUAGUAUUCACCCGAGCGAGGAAGAGAACCAGAGACUUCUUCAGGAAGUAUGGCUGGUGA